AUGGGACCGGUUACAGAGUGCGGAGAGACCCGGGCUGCCGACCUUCCGCUUCCGAACCUUCCUCCUAGUCCAGAAGUACUCGAGUACAGUCCUGAUGCAUUAGGCAACACACUGAAGAGGGAGGACAGCCGGAGCAUGAAGUGUCGCCAGCCGCUUCGAGAUGCAGGCGACGAGGUCCCAGACCAUGAGAUGGCAAGCGCAAGUGCCCCGGAGUUUUAUGAAGUUCCGGUACCGGAAGACGAUGAUGAUUUGCUGUUGGGAGACACAGAAUGUUUUCUUGCGUUCCCUGAUCAGCGGCAAGUCUGGGAAAUGACUUUGCGUGAGACCCAGGCGGACAUGGACAAUCUCCCGUCAGCACAGCAAGCCCUAGAGUACGUUUUGCUAGCAACCCCAGAGAGGAAGAAGCGGGUCGAGGUUAGAAUGCAGGAUCUUUCCGAGGGCGAGCGGGAUCAGUUUUCACAAGCCAAGGGCAAAGAAGCUAGGUUGGUGGUUUUGGGUUUUGAGGACCCCGGGUUAAAUGAUACACCAAACGAUGCUCCUACUCUGGGGAAAGAUGCUCGUCAGUUGAUCCUCCAAAAGGUUGCGUCCAAUCGAUCGAAGCUGAUUAACUUUGAUAUUUCCACAGCCUUCUUACAGGGACGGGGAGAUGGACGCAAGCUUGGCAUACACCCGCCCGAGGAAAUCAGGCAAGCUUUGGACAUGAAGCCGGGAGAUCAGUGUCAGUUAAUGGGUGGGGCAUAUGGUAGGAUAGAUGCUCCGUUCUUAUGGUUCAAGACUUUAAAGGGCACUUUAGAGAGUCUCAGUUUUACACAGAGUCCGUUUGAUGCUUGCACUUUCAGUUUGAUUACGCAGCAUCCUCAGGGUCGACCUAAGGUUCAUGGGGUACUGGGGAUACACAUGGAUGAUGGUCUACGGGGUGGGGAUUCGUACUUCCGCAUGGUUAUUCAGAAGCUUCGGGACAAGUACAGUUGUGGGUCGUACGAUGAGGGCGAGUUCACCUUUACAGGCAUUCAUUUUAGACAAUGGGAUGACGGUAGCAUAGAGUACGAUCAGCAAGAGUACUUGGAUCGCAUUCAGCCGGCUCACAUUCCCCGGAAUCGUCGUUGUGAACCAGAAUCUCCUUUAAGACCGGAUGAAGUUCAUGAGCUGAGACGGUUGAAUGGUAGCAUCCAAUACGCCGCUGUUCACACGCCGCCAGACCUGGCGGCGAAAGUGGGGAUGCUCCAAUCUGCAGUUCCCAAAGCUAAGAUUCUGCAUCUUAUUGAAGCCAGCCGACUUUUGCAUGAAGCCAAAUCAAACCAUGUCUCGUUGAUGACGGUUCCCUUUCCGGAGCAACACGUGGCUUUCUGUACUUUCUCAGACGCUUCUUUCGCAAGUAGUAGGGAUAGUAAUUCUUAUCAAGGCACACUGGUGGUUGCAACGGAUUGGCGAAUGCUCGCCAACGAAAAAGCUGUGAUUGUGCCAAUGGUGUGGUCCAGCAGGAAGAUUGCCAGAGUUGUCCGUAGCACCUUGAGCGCCGAAGUAGUUUCCUUGUGCAACUCGGUUGAUCGCAUGUCGUGUUUGAGGCUUUUCUGGGAAUGGAUGAAGGAUCCUUCCGUGGAUAUCUCACAACCAGACGAGGUUCUGAAAGGGGCUCCUCAAGCAGCUUUGGUUACUGAUUGUAAAAGCGCAUAUGACAUAGCGACUAAGACUGCUGUCCCUAGUUGCUCAGAGCUCAGGACCCAGUUAGAGUGUCUGCUUUUCAGAGAAAGGCUCCUGGAGAACUGCCAAAUGCGAUGGGUCCAUUCCAAGGCUAUGCUUGCGGAUUGUCUGACAAAAACCAUGGAUAGUAGUGAGCUCCGUAGGUGUCUAGCCAGUGGGCAAUACUCCCCGUAUGAUGAAGACAAAGUACUGGCGGAGCGUCAGGGUAGGAGACAAUCGCUUGAAUGGCUACGGAAGGACGCCGAAGAUGCAAGCGCAGCAUUUUAG